AUGGCGCCAUCCACAGUAAAUCUCCAAAAUGCUGCUGUAGCUUGUGCAAAUAUACAGAGACAAUUUGUAAGAGAAGCCAUCCGUAAAAAAGUACCUAAAUACAGUGUGGAUGAUAUUGCACGCGUCAGUCGUGCUAAAGACAUCUUUGCAAAAGAGUAUGAAGCUGGCUGGACAGAGGAGCUGUUUGUUAUUAAAAAGGUUAUCACCUGGAAAACACAUGCACCUAUCUUAUACGAAUUGAGAGAUUCAGCUGAAGAGGAUAUUGAUGAAAUUUUCUACUUACAAGAAUUGGCUGAUGUUAAAAACAAGGAUGUAGAAAACGACGAAUUCAUUGUUGAAAAGGUGAUUCAAACAAAGGGUCGCGGAGCUAAGAAACAGCUUCUUGUAAAGUGGGUUGGUUACUCUGACAAAUUAAACUCGUGGAUACAAGCUACAGAGCUAAACACUAUACAAUGA